AUGGCUUUAUCUGGCACUAAUAAUAUCACCCAUGCCUGUCGCAAAUCACUGGUUGCAAUCAAUGAUACUCAACUUUCAUUAAAGCUGUCAACUCAAAAUUACUCCACAUGGCGUGCCAGAUUACUCCUCUUCUUCGAGGGCGUGGAACCCCUUGCGCCCCUAAAUCCGCCCCUGACUGGUACUAUUUCUCCCCCUCCUAUUCUCGUUGAAGAAGAAGGCAGAAGUAUCGCCAACCCAGACUAUAAGUUUGGGGAAUGUCAAGCUCUGUUAAUCCUCGCUGCUAUCAUUGCUUUGGUUUCUUUUUCAGUUAUGAACACCAUUGCAGAAGCUAAAACCUCAGUGGAGGCAUGGAAUAAACUUCAGGUAGCCUUUUCCAAUAAAUCGGCUACACGAAUUCUUUCUCUUCGAGAAAAACUCUCACACACCAAGCGUGAUUCUCGCCCAGUAGCUAAGUAUCUUCAACUUGUCAAGUCAAUUGCGGAAGAACUCUCCUUGUGUGGCGGUCCUGUAAAUAGUGUUGAUCUUAUUGCUCAUGUUUUGGGUGGAAUUGGCUUUGAAUUCCGUGAUAUUGCUGCGGCAAUCCAUGCCCGAGACACUGUCAUCUCGUUUGAUAAACUCCAGGAUAAACUACUUGCCCAUGAACUAUAUCUCAAGCAGAUUGACCACAACUUCGAUCCGACCCCGACGACAGCAAAUCAUGUUCGCAAGGGAAAUUCUAGCAGGCCACCCUAUCAAUCAAGACAAGGUAAUAAUGGUAAACCUUCCACUCAGUCCAAUGGUUUCCAUUUUUCAAAGAACUCUUCAAGCUUUGGCAAUAAUGCAUCACGCCAUCAGUCCUUUGUGCCCUCAUCCCAACACCGAAAUAAGGCUAAUUGA